AUGGGUGCUUCGUCUCCGGCUGGAAAGCCUGAAAAGAUCAUGUCGUCGAACCUCUUGACGAUGAAGUUCAUGCAACGUGCUGCAGCUUCAAAAGAGGCCAAAGAAGCCAGGGAAGCAGAAAGCACGGGUGAAUCCAACCAGCCCACUCCCAAGCGCCGGCGGGUCUCUACCGAGGCUGAAAGCCCUCGCGCCACUGAGAUGCAAGCGAUCUCAGCGGCACUUGCUGCGGAAGAGCAAAAGCGCCAGGAAGCUAUUUCACGGCAGGCGGAAGAGGCUGGUGAGACACAAUGGGUUUUGGACCUCCCAGCUGCGUCUGGAUAUACUCCGCAGCCUGUUGCAUUGGCCGCAGACUCGCUGGACGACGACAGUCAAGGUGGCCGACGAGGAUAUGGAAAUUUCAAGCGCAAAGAGCGCGAGGCGGCCGCUGAGAAGCAGAAGCAGGAGGAGCUUGAAGCCCGAAUCAAGGAGAGAAACAAGCCUCAUGCAGACACUCACGCAGACAAGAAACUCAAUAAAAUAACCAGUAUCUCUGGAUACGGAGGCAGACCGUCGUUGAUGGGCGCACCCGACCAUAACAAGAAGAAGAAGCGCAAGAGCGGGUAG